AUGGGGCCGCCGCAAAUCGAACAUGUGCUCCUACAAAGUCCACAGCAGGGCGGCGCAUGUGGAGAGUGUCGGGAGCAUUUUUCACAGCUCGACCACUACGCCAUGAAGAGUUUCGUGGCAACGUCGGGUACCGUUGCCGGGUUGACCUACAUCCUGAACUGGCUCAGAGCAAGCCAUGGCGAUGGCCCAAUGGCGUUCCCUCAACCGACCCCAGUUCUGCGGCACCAAACAGCUACCGGCAUUGCUCCAAACACAUCCCGAUUGCGCUUCACGUUGCUGACCGGCCUCGGCUCCGGGAAGGCCGGUCUGUUUUGCACGUCUGCCGGUCGACAGCCGGUUGUCAGGCGGUCUCGCGAUGCCACGGGAUCGCGCCAUUGGCCGCCGGAACAGCCGCCCUCGCGGGAUUCAUCAGAUGAACUAAAAUGCGGCACUGGCACUGUCAACGACCACACCGGUGGUCACAAAGUCGGCUUUCGAAGUUCGCUUCCGGGCUGCGGGUGUGGCGACGAUGAUUUCUUCGCUCUCCGUCACGAGGAGAAACAAGUCACCAUGAGCGCGCACACGUCGUUGGGAGGGGGUUCACCGGGCGGGACCGGGGGUUCUCUUGGUGGUGAGGGCUGCGGCGGGACUCGGAUCCCGCAGAUCGUCGUCGAGAAAGCCUCUUCGGGGGCUUGCUCCGACGUUUCUUCCGCGGGGUCUCCGGGCCCGGCUCGGGGCGCACUUCUCCUCCCGCCGCUGAGACCCCCGCCGGUGGCCCCCAGGCCAUUCAAGUUCACCACCUCGUCCCGGGCCGACGAGGAAAGAGACGGUCCCGGUGCUGCCAGAGGCGUCCCGCCCUCUGCCACCGAGCCGUCGCAGCACAGCCAGCACGGCAUGGGCAUCGGCGUGCGGCGCAUCCCCGCAUCGCGCACGGAGGCGGCCCGGCACGGCGGCAUCUGGGAUGACAGGUUUAUCCCUGUCACCCAGCUGGCGCCCUCUGCCGGGCCCCUUCCGGCGUCGCAGACCGCCGGGCUGCUCAACCCGCUGCGGAUGCACCCGACGACGCUCUCCCGGUCUCCGUCGACGCCCCUCCCCGCCGGCGAAGAGGAUCCCGCGGCGGGGGUGCGCCUUCACGGUCACCCCCCGCUCGUGGACCGCAAGGUCCUCGAGAAGACGCAGCAGAUGCUGGCCGCGCACCAGGCCCUCAAGGGGGAGGGCCAGCCCGCGGCUGCCUCCCUGCGCCCACGCCCCGGCCCCAGCCCCGCCGACGACCCUCCAAGGGGCCUUCUCCGGAAGGUCUCCUCCUUCUUCUCCUUCAAGAAGAAGAAGGAUGCGCUGGCCCCCUCCUUCUCCUCCUCCUCCAUUAAGAGGCACGAGAUCCGCCACCUGACCGGUUCUCUGUCGUCUCUGGAGCUGUUGCCGCCCGCCCCUGUCCCUGCCUGUGCCCGUGCCCGUGUGCGCGACACCCAGAUCCGCGUCAACGAGGCCGACAACGUCCAAAAGCGCGAGAAGGCGCUCAAGGUGCUGGGCGAGACUCCCCAGCUCGUCGCUCCGGUUCUGGCGCCCCAUCAGAAGACUACUACUCCUCCUACUAGUACUAGUCCCGCCGAGCCCAACGACACCAUGUCUUCCUCCGUCCUCUCGCCUGCGCCACCGCCGCAGCCACCGACCGGCUCGCAAAAGCAACACGGCGAGAAUGGUGUGGAAAAGAAGCCGCCGGCCACACCGGGCAUUGCCAAGACUGCGGCUCCGGCCGCAGAAACAGAAGGGGAUCCGUUUAUCUCGGGCCCGUCGCCCCGGCCCACCGACUUUGAGAAGCGGCUCCAAGCCACCGCUGCUGCCGCCACCUCCUCCUCUGCCUCCUCCUCGAUCGUCUCUGUUCCCCAGGACUCGUCGGCCCCGAUAGCUGCUGGGCAAUUCCCUGAGUAUCCGCCUCCCGGGUGGAUCUAG